ACCCCACCUACUCUCAGCAGCUCAGCAACUUCAGACCGCCAGGAGAAACUUCACGCACUUCUCUCUUUUCCACUCUGUGAUUUCUUUAAGGUGUAAUCUUGUGUUUCUGCCGCGCAUCUCUGCUGCAUAGACUCUCGUUAAUAUCUGCCACAUGCUGCAUUGAUUUCUGAAGAGUUUGGGAAGAGUUUACAGCCGCGGAGAUGAGUGAAGCAGAAGACAAUGACAUUCUUGAGCUGGACUCAGAAACAGAGGAAGACGUGGAGAUGACUGUUAUGACAGAUGUGGUUUAUUCUGAAGAGUUGCCAACAUACAAAUCUAUGCCUAAAGGUCAAGCUGUGCCAAAAGUGGAACGGGCUGAAUUCAACGGUAACCCGGAUUCACUAUUUUUCAACGAUGGAAAGAGAAGGAUUGACUUUGUUUUGGUCUAUGAGGACGAGUCUAAAAGUUUAUCUGAUAAAAAAGGCUCAGUUAUAAGGAGAAAACAAAGACGCAGAGAGUUUUUCGAAGGCAGCCUGAUGAAUAUGCAUGUGGAAUUGGAAGCGACAAAAUCCGUAGUGGAUGAGAAGCUCAUCUAUGUGAAAGUACACAUGCCUUUUGAGGUUUUGUGCACUUAUGCUGAAGUCAUGCACAUCAAACUGCCCAUCCAGCCCAAUGAUCUCGCCCCGCAAUCAUCUGUGUACAACUGCUUCACACGCCAUUUCUACCCCAGCGAGGACGUCAUCCCCAAGGAGCCCGACUUCUUCACAGCUCCUUUCCGAAAGGAUCAGCUGAAGUGUUUUUAUAUGAAGGACAAAGAGCAGUUCUUCACGCCGGCCUUGAGGAGCAGAAUGGCGUACUACAUCCUGAGCCGAGCGCCGUAUGACGUCAAAGGAAGUGUGAAGAAGUUUGGCUUGAAUAAGCUGCUGGAUGGAGGUGUGUAUAAGGCUGCGUAUCCAUUACAUGAUUGCAGGUUUAAUGUGAAAUCUAAAGAGCCCGAUUGUCCUAAUGAGAGAUAUCUGCUGUAUAAUGAGUGGGCUCAUCCCAAGAGCUUCUACAAGAUGCAGCCGCUGGACCUGAUCAGGAAGUAUUUCGGUGAGAAGAUCGGCAUAUAUUUUGCCUGGUUGGGUUUCUACACAGUCAUGUUGACUCUCGCUGCUACAGUCGGACUCGGUUGUUUCAUAUACGGAUACACAACCAGAGAGAGCAGCACAUGGAGCAAAGAGGUGUGUGACCCUGAGAUUGGUGGAGAAAUCAUCAUGUGUCCACAGUGUGAUCAAAUCUGUCCGUACUGGAGGCUGAACACCACUUGUGAGUCAUCUAAAAGACUGUGUAUAUUUGAUAACUAUGGGACGUUAGUGUUUGCCAUCUUCAUGUCUGUUUGGGUGACUCUGUUUCUGGAGUUCUGGAAGCGCUAUCAGGCCGAACUGGAGCACGACUGGGACACGGUGGAGUUUCUUCAGCAGGAGGAACAGCCUCGACCUGAAUACGAGGCCAAAUGCGUCUAUGAGAGAGAGAACCCUGUUACAAAGGAAACAGAGAAGGUGCCGUACACGGCCUGUGGCAAGUGCAUGAGAGUGUCGUGUGGCAUCGGCACUGUGUUAUUCUGGGUUCUGUUGAUCAUAGCGUCGGUGGUCGGCGUGAUCGUGUAUCGUCUGGCGAUGUUUAUCACUUUCUCUUCGAAGCUGCGCACUGAACUGAACAGAAAGGAGCUGGAGCCGUUCAAAGAGUACAUCACCCCUCAGAUGGCCACGUCCAUCACGGCCUCCAUCAUCAGCUUCAUCUUCAUCAUGAUUCUCAACUGCGUCUACGAGAGAGUGGCCAUCUGGAUCACAGACUUCGAGCUGCCACGGACUAAAACAGAGUACGAGAACAGCCUGACGCUGAAGAUGUUCCUCUUUCAGUUUGUGAACUACUACUCGUCCUGCUUCUACAUCGCUUUCUUCAAAGGGAAGGUGGUGGGAUAUCCGGGACAGCCCGUCUACUGGUUUGGUGCUUUCCGUAAUGAGGAGUGUGAUCCCGGCGGCUGCCUGACUGAACUGACCACACAGCUGUCAAUCAUCAUGACAGGAAAGGCCAUCUGGAACAACAUACAGGAAGUCCUUAUGCCGUGGAUGAAGAAUCUGAUAUUUCGUCACUGCACCCAGGUGGGUUCAGAAAAAGGGUUUCCUCGCUGGGAACAGGACUAUCAGCUCCAGCCAAUAGGAAAGCUCGGCCUGUUUUAUGAAUAUCUGGAGAUGGUGAUCCAGUUUGGAUUCGUGACUCUGUUUGUGGCGUCCUUCCCGUUGGCUCCUCUCCUGGCGCUGUUCAACAAUCUGUGUGAAAUCCGUGUGGACGCCUGGAAGUUCACGACUCAGUCUCGCCGGGUCGUUCCAGAAAAGGCCCAGGACAUCGGCGCCUGGCAGCCCAUCCUGCAGGGGGUGUCGAUUCUAGCCGUGGUCACAAAUGCUGCCAUCAUUGCCUUCACUUCUGACAUGAUCCCUCGCCUGGUUUAUUACUGGGCGUUUUCUGCCAGCCCUUAUUCAGAUGGAUCUGAACACACUAUGGUGGGCUACAUCAACAACUCCCUGUCUAUCUUCAACAUUUCAGACUUCAGUUCGACGAAGAAGCCGAAUGAGGACAUCACACCGUACUGGUUUAACAACAUCACCACAUGCCGGUAUCGUGAUUUCAGGUAUCCUCCGGGUCAUCCUAAACAAUAUGACUUCAGCAUUUAUUAUUGGCAUGUUAUUGCUGCCAAACUGGCUUUUAUGAUUGUGGUUGAGCACAUUGUUUAUUUCACCAAGUUCAUACUGGCCUACGUGAUCCCAGACGUGCCUGAAGCUCUGAAGGAGCAGAUCAAACGCGAGCGUUACCUGACGCAGGUCAUCCUGCACGAAACCAACAUCAAACAAUUCAAGGAGCUCAUGAAGCCCGUGGCUGACAAUCUACAGAACGAGAUUGAGGACCCAGAGUUAGAACUGAAACUGUGAAGCCUUAAAAGGCCAGCUCAUGUCAAACCUGAAACUGUUACCGUCUUUCACCUUAAUCCAUGAACCACACCCCAUCCCAGACUCCAAUUCAGGCUUAAACCUCAAACAAACACAACCAGGAAUGUUUGCAUAGUCAUUUUAAAUUUAGCUGACAUAAUAUAUAAAGUGAUCACUGUACUGGUAUCUGUAUCUAAAUGAAGUGCUUUAAUUAUGACAGAUAAAACAGGUGAAGGAUCUUCAACCACUAAGUUUAAUAUUUUCAGAAAUUGCUCAUUAUGGAUGAGAAACAUCAUUUUAAUUUUCAGUUUGUUGCGAAUAGCCACUUAAGUGUAUUGUUACAUAUAAUAUUGGCACGUUAUAUAUUAUAAAAACCAGAUAUGUGAUCUUUAACCACUUUAUAUUGAACUAAUAAAACAAAGAAAAUAUAUAUAUUUUUAUUUGAAGUAUUAUGCUGACACAUCAAGUUCAAUAUGGAGAUUUCAUAAAGUAAAAUAAACGGAGAAUUUAAUGCCUUUUACAAUACACCUAUACUAACAAAAAAAAAUGUAAUAUCAUGUUUUUUGGACAUUUACCAUGGUAUCUGGAGUGCCUUAUGAAUAUGGUGUUUAUAAUUAAGGUGUAUUGUAAUGUGGUAUUAAGUUUGAUAGCAUUAUUUUACCAUUGUACUUUCACACAUGAUUUUGUGAGCAUAAUAUGCUAUGAAUUAAGCAUUUUAAUAUUAUUUUAGCCCAGCUAACAUUUCAAUCGUGCUCUGUAUGUUUGUGAAUAUUACCAUAUUUAGUUUGUUACCAAUUUGUAAAAUAUGAUGUUUACAUGAAUAUAUAAACGUUUGCAUACAUUGACCACUUUUAUAUAAAUAAAAAAUAAAUGAUUGAUGAUG